CUCCCCCUUCCUCUUACUUUUUUAGCAUAUUUUUAUUUUCUUUAAUUUCCACUUUACCAGCUUUUGACCGUUGCAUUCCUUUUUCCUAUCACAACGUCUCUCUUUCUCUCUCUACUCUUUCACUUUCUCUCUCCUCCCUGUUUUGUGUUCACUUCACAGUUCCACCAUUGCUGCCUAGAGAGCCUUAUGAAUUGGGGUAGAGGCAUACAAGAAUUGUGUUAUUCUGGUACCCAUUCGGAAUCCAGGAUCAGUAGUCUGGUCGAAAUCGUUGCAAGAGAUAUUAGUCAAAAAGGGAGGAAUGGGAUGUAAUUCAUCGAAAUUGGACGAUGAAGAGGCUGUCCAAAUAUGUAAAGAUAGGAAGAAGUUUAUCAAGCAAGCUCUUGAGCACAGAACUAAGUUUGCCUCGGGUCAUAUUGCAUAUAUUCAGUCUUUGAAACGAGUUUCAGCUGCUCUUCGUGAGUAUAUAGAAGGCGAUGAGCCUCGUGAGUUCUUUUUAGAUCCGUUUAUUACCCCUCCAGCGAAGAAAUCGACCCCUAAGUUCAUCACCAUUUCUCCAAAGUGUUACUCAGCACCAGCUAUUCAAUCUGGGGAAAACUCAAAUGUAAGGAUCAACUAUUAUAGACCAAGUGGGACUGCAUCAGUUUCUGUUGAGGAAAGACCUCAGUCUCCUGAUACUUAUCGCGUUCAAUCUUAUUCACCUAUGCACCAAUAUGGGUUUGAUGGUUUCUUCACAAUGCAGUCCCCACAAAGGAAUUCUUCUUAUUUCCCACAUUCUUACUCCCCGUAUAAUAAUAGACCUGAGAUACCCCCUCCUUCCCCUCAAAACAAUUCUCAAUGGGAUUUCUUUUGGAAUCCGUUUUCUUCAUUGGAUUAUUAUGGAUAUCCUGUGAGAAGUAGUCUCGAGCGAUCGAUAGCUGAUGAUGAUAUAGCUGGAUUAAGGCAGGUUCGGGAAGAAGAAGGGAUACCUGACUUAGAGGAGGAUACCGAACCUGAGGAAAUUGAUGAAGGGAGACAUAGAAGAGAAGAAAUCCCUAAAGGCGAUUCACAUGUCGUGAGGGAGGAAGUAACUGUUGAAGAUGUAAAUGAGGAUGAAGAUGAAGAUGAUGACGAUGAUGAUGAAACGGAAACUGAAGAUGAACAUCAACAUCAACAUCAACAUCAUCAACAUCAACAACAUGAAGCAAAUGGGUUACAGGAACAUGCUAAUGACAGCAUAGAACCAUCACAAGUUCGGAAUGCUGGACAUAUUGAAGUAAAUCGUCACGAGACAAGGGUUACUGAAAGAGAAAAGAAGCAAGAAGAAGCACCAGGAUUCACUGUUUAUGUAAACAAAAGACCUACAAGCAUGGAUGAAGUUAUCAAAGAUCUAGAGUCUCAAUUCACAAUUGUUUGUAGUGCUGCCAAUGAAGUUUCUUCAUUGUUAGAGGCUAAUCGGGCUCAUUGCCUACCAGCACCCAGUGAAGUAACAGCUAUUAAAAUGUUGAAUCCAGCAGCAUUGUUUCGAUCAGCCUCAGCACGCUCCUCAUCAUCGAGAUUUUUGGUCGAAGGUUCAAGAGAUGAUGGAUCUGAAAGUAGCAGCAGCCUAUCAGAUGAAUCAUGUAUGUUUACUGGCAGCCAUCAUUCAACACUUGACAGAUUAUAUGCAUGGGAGAAGAGAUUGUACGAGGAAGUCAGGUCCGGAGAACGUGUCCGGUUGGCAUACGAGAAGAAGUGUACACAAUUGAAUAAUCAAGCAGCAAAAGGAGAUGAACCUUCAACGCUGGAAAAAACUAGGACAGCUCUUCGAGACUUGCAUACCCAAAUAAAGGUUUCGAUACACUCAAUUGAAGCUAUUUCAAAGAGGAUUGAAACUCUUAGGGAUGAAGAAUUGCAGCCUCAACUUUUGGAAUUGGUACAGGGGUUAGCCAGAAUGUGGAAAGUGAUGGCAGAGAGUCACCAAAUGCAAAAGCAUACUUUGGAUGAAGCUAAACUUCUUUUAGCUGGAACACCUUCAAAGCUUAACAGAUCAAGACGGCAUAAUCCUACACUUUCCCCUGUAGACCUACAACGACUUGCUCGGUGUGCCCACAAUCUAGAGUCCGAGUUAAGGAACUGGAGAGCUAGUUUUGCAUCAUGGAUCUCUUCUCAGCGAUCAUACAUACAUGCAUUGUGUGGCUGGCUCCUAAGAUGCAUGAGGCGUGAACCUAACGUGUCAGAUUUACCUUUCUCCCCACGUCGUUCUGCUGGGGUCCAUCCGAUCUUUGGAAUAUGCAUCCAAUGGACAAGACUUUUAGAUGCAAUAUGUGAGACCGCGGUACUUGAUGGGCUGGAUUUCUUCUCUGCCGGAAUGGGCUCAAUCUAUGCCCAAAGCCAAAGCCAUGCCCAAGUCCAAACCCAAAGUAGUGGUGGGUCUAGGAGAUUUGAGGACUCUAAUGGAAACAUGGAAGUGGUGGAAAUAGGGAAAGUUGAAGAAGUUAUGACACCAGAGAAAUUGGCAGAAGUUGCAGUAAAAGUGUUGUGUGCAGGAAUGUCAGUGGCUAUGAGCUCACUAGCAGAAUUUGCUGUUAGUUCAGCUGAUGGAUAUGCUGAACUGGUAAAGCAAUGGGAAAAUGUUAAGUGGCCACCUCCUCAUCCCAAUGCUUAAGCUCUUUUCUUCUUUUAACCAUUUCUUCUCUUAGGUAGGUUUUCAAUAUAAAUUGGAUGUCAAUGUAAUUACUUAAAAUUAUUAUAGCUUGGUCAUGUAAAGAUCUAAGCCGGGCUUAUGUCGUAGUAGUUAGUUAGGUUAACAUCAGUAGGAAGAAAGGCGAAAUGUGGUUAGCUCUCUUGUUUGUUUUACUCUUGUAUCACAAGAGCGAAAUCAAAUGAUACUCCCAAAAUUGUGUUUGGAUUUGGGAAAAUUUUGGUAUGAAAAGUUAUUUGUUGUAGAAA